UAACAAAUCCAUAAAGCAGCUUCGUGUCAUCAUCCGCAUUUUGGAUCUGAAAUCACAUUCCUUUACAAAGCAUAGGUAGUGCAUAAAGAUUGGAUAUCCGUUCCGUUUGCUAGGGCGUUGGUGUAUACACAGUUCGAUGGCCACUUGUUCACAGGACUUGAUCGAUCACAGGGAAAGAGAGAGAUUAGCAUUCCGUAACGGCGCAUGCGUUUCGUUUUUCCGCCACACUUUCCUUAUUGCACACAUACACCCUCAAGAAGCUAGUUCCGAUAACUCGUCCUUACUAACACACAUACACACACACACACAUGCACUGCUGGUCUUCGAAAGGAUGAGAGAAAAUUUUGCGUUCAGUACUUCAUCACACAGUGAAAACACAUUCGGCAAAACGCACUGAUUAAACAUUGGCUCGUAAUAGUGAAUGGAAGUGGGUUACUGGUGGUGUUGAAAAAAAUAGGUCCCCAUGGCUAUGAAUAUUUGUUAGGAUUCUAGUUUCAUCAUCGGAUUGUGGAAACAAUACCUAGAUACAGUGCAAGAGUGAAUUCAUAGCAAUCAUUUGGAACAGUGGUGAGGCAAAUGUAUUAUCAUUGAGGCGGAAAAAUGUGACACGGGGUAACUAAUUGUGUUGCAAGCACACUUCUAAGGAUAAUGGAGGACUCGCCGUUCCAGGCUUAGCUUCCAACCAAACAAAUGCAUAAAAUACUAGGAUUGUAUGAGGCGAUUAAGCAGGUUUAGAAUGCAACAUGCUGUCGUCAAAUGCAGCACACAAUAUAUGAAAAAAGAGUCAAGGUCGAUUGCAUAUUUUGUUCGAUAACCAAUGUUUCUAUGUAGCAGUAUUCUACGCCGAAAAGAUAGUUUGCAUGGAACCGAUAGUGAACCAUCUAUUGGACUAGAAACAUCGAACACGGAGUAUAAGAGCGAGUACGCGCGUUAAACAAGUUAAACCGAAAGUUCGAACAAGCGCAACCAAAAGUUGAUAAUAAGAGGAGCUAAUUACGAGUGGGUUGUCAAUUGUUCAGAUUUUGAAAGGCGUUUGAUAGUACUUUUUCCAUUAUUUUGGCAUUUUAAAACUGCUCAUACUGGUGAGAACAGUCGCUCAGCUAAUAUGGCAGAGAGAGUUGUUAAUGAAAAAAAUGGCCAGUGUGACAAUCUCAGAACUUCGCUUCCGGUUCCAAUGUUUUCACGCAAUGACUUCAACAUCUGGUCAGUACUAAAGAAUUGCAUCGGAAAGGAGCUUAGCAAAAUCACAAUGCCGGUUGUGUUUAAUGAACCACUAAGCUUUCUGCAGCGUAUGACCGAGUACAUGGAGUAUGCCAAGUUGCUGCGUGUGGCUUCUGAGCAAACGACUCCACUGGAGCGAUUGAAGUACGUAUCUGCAUUUGCAGUUUCGGCGCUGGCCUCUAACUGGGAGCGCCUCGGGAAGCCUUUCAAUCCUUUGCUGGGCGAAACGUACGAACUCACUCGUCCCGAGUUUCGGAUCAUAUGCGAGCAGGUGUCGCAUCAUCCGCCAAUAUCUGCUUUCCAUGCCGAUUCGGAAAGCUUCCGCUUUCAUGGUUCAAUCCAUCCGAAGCUUAAGUUUUGGGGCAAAAGUGUCGAGAUACAACCGAAAGGUAUCGUGACAGUCGACUUCCCAAAGCUCAAUGAGGCGUACUCGUGGAGCAAUGUCAACUGCUGCGUACACAACGUGAUCGUCGGCAAGUUGUGGAUCGAGCAGUACGGAAUGAUGGAAGUCGUAAGCCACCAACACGGCAUGAAGGCCACACUCAACUUUAAGCCGUCGGGAUGGAACAACAAAGAUUUGCACCGUGUGGAGGGAUACAUUACGGACAGGAACAAACGCAAAACACAUUUUCUCUAUGGAAAAUGGACGGAGUUUAUCAAGUGUACCGAUUACGUUUCGUACGAGGAGUACAUCAAGGAAAAUGCUCACAAAUUUAAACGUAACGCGGACGAACGCAGCAAGAGUCCCAACGAAUCGCCGGGAAACACUCCCCGCAAGGUGCUGUCCAAGCUCAACAGCUUGAAAAUGAGCUCCUUUAAAAGUCUUUCGAUACAAGAGCCGGACGACCCACCAGAACCAUCAGAAGGAGACAUUCCCAAGAGUGACUCCACCUAUUCGAUCGAUAUUCCAAACUCCGUUACACUUUGGGAAGCUGAGUCGCGUCCACCAAACACGGCCGACUACUACCAGUUCACCAAUUUUGCGAUGUCGCUGAACCAGCUGGAGGAACACAUGAAGCAACCGCGUGCACUGUGUCCGACGGAUUCCCGUCUCCGGCCCGAUAUCCGGAAGCUAGAGCAGGGCGAUAUGGAUGGUGCGGCGGCUGAGAAGACGCGGCUCGAAGAAAAACAGCGCGAAAAUCGCAAGAAAAGCAAAAAGGGACAAGAGGAGCAGGUGAUCUUUCCCCGCUGGUUCAGUCAGAGCAUCAAUCCGCACACGAAGCAGGAUGAUUGGAUCUACAGGGGAGGCUACUGGGAUCGAAACGAUGACAAUCUGGAACUGGAUAUCUUUUAAAUGAUCUUCCAAACUAAAUAACGGCAUAUUACAUAACGAGGGAAGAAUAGCAAAGGCCCAAAAGUGAAAUACUAUUCUACACUGUAUCGUCUACCACUAUCUUUUAAACACUCUCACGUCAUGAAUUUUCGUUUCGUUGUAUUUUAUACCAUUCGUUGCACCGAAAUCAAGCGAAAUGAAUUGAAGAGAUAGAACGAUCGUGUGGGAUUAUUGUUUGUAAAGCUUUUCUAUAACAAGCUACUCAUUUCCCCAACUUCCCCAACACAAAUGCAGCUACAUUUAGUUACGAUAAGCGAAAAUGGCUAAAAGGCGCGUACAAGAAACAAUGUACAUUUCCGGGAACCAAUACGGAAACACUUGGGACAAUAUAAUUUUAGUAUGUAAGACGAACCAUUGCCGCGUAGUUUUGAAUCACGUCACGCUGAAUUUAAAACCUACUCUCAAACCGCAAACACAGUGAAACAUUGAAAACGGAGACAAGUUUGGGUCAAUUAAUGACAUAUUGCAAUGAGAGCCGCUUCAAAAUGGGUCGAAUAGACCUGCAUACAUGAUAUUUGUUUUGCGAUUAAAAUAGUACCAAACCAGUUAUUGUGUAGUACUACCCCCUGGUCAGUAAAAUAAAUAGAAAAGAGAAAGAAAACCAAACGCUUGCAACUGAGAUGGACAUAAGCAUAGAGUCUUAAACAAGGUGUAUCAAACUGUAGUAACCCAUUAAAAACGUAGCAUGGUUUGUUAAAAUGUCUAUAAAAACAGGAAAACUGUAACGUAAAGUUACUAAAGAGUAUCUAUUACUAGAAAUGUAAAUGUAUCUCUCAACUACGCAGAGAAAUGUUACACUAUAUAAGAUUAAUAAAAUCUACAUAGCCACUGCA